AGAGGGGCAGGGCGCGAGCCGGGGGGGGGGGGUGUUCCUCCUUGUGCAUAUUACGUCACACGUUGGCGUCGUAAGGAGCUGAUGAGCGGGGAGGAGCAGACCAGUCUGCGUGUGGUGAAGGUAGUCGAGUUCCACCUGGAGGAAUACUCUUUUGUUCACAAAAUAUGGAGUAACGAAAGCGAGCGUUACCGCACGGUUGCCCGGAUGUUGCUGACGUGACUGUUGCAGUUGGAGGGGAACGUUACCGCCUAAACCUUUUCACAUCAGAGGACAAAAUGCUGUCUUUUACAAGGAAUAAUGGACCGUACCAACAGGAUGGACGACUUGCACAAUCCCCACCAGCUGCUUCUCAGUUUAACUUCAACACAAUUGGGAAUCAGCAAACUGGGAAUGCAAAUAGGUCUCAAUAUACUCAUCACUAUGGAGCGGAGUCUCAUCACUAUGGAGCGGAUUCUCAACGACAGCCAUCGAAAUGGCAGACCUCAGCAGGACCUCAUCAGGCAGUUUUUUUUCAGCAGACUGCUGGAAGUGACGAUUAUCAGCAACGCUCCCCAACUAAUGGGCAAACUGGAAACUUCAAAUUGCAUGACGUUACAGGACAGAAUUCAUUGAUCAAGAAUCCACCCAACGUGAUGCUGGCAAAAGAAGUACUCCCUCAGCAGGUCAAUUCGGCAAAUUGGAAUCAAUCAGUGGGAGUUUAUGGGAAACAAUCUAUAACGACACAGCAGGGUAAUGUGUCCGAUCGCCUUAAUUGUAGGGGUGAGAAAAGGUAUUUUCUUAACCCAAAUAGGAAAUCUGUUCUACCGGUUUAUACAACGGCUACCUCGCCUCAACAUGGAGCGGUGGCUUACGAUGGGUCAUUGGGGCCUGCUGCUGCUCACCAUGGACCAACUGCUCAGAACAGUCCCAAACAAAACCACACUCAGCAUUGCGUCAACCCACCAAGUUAUUGGCCUGUCUACAACAAAACAACACACUCCUCCUCCAGUGGACACAACUUGCAGGUUUCCAGCACAAGUCUGAUUUGUCAACAAUCCUCAACCCAUAACAAUGGGGGGGAGACCGCCGGCUUCAUUAACUCUAAGCCUAAUAACUGGCAGCAUGAAACCAACUUUUCCCCGUCAAAACCUAAUAAUUAUCCCUUGAAUCCUGCUGCACAACAGGAUCGACUGCGACGCCAAACUAUCGCAAGAAUUGAGGACUAUCUCCGUACGCCAAUCGCUGCUGGCUCCGAUGGACAACCUCAAGGCAAUACUAGUUCAUCUUACGGACCAAAGAAAAAUGUUACAACCUUGACAUCAACCGUCGCUAAAAUACUGAAUGCAAAUGCCUCCCAGGCCAUACGACAAAACUCUAGACACCCUUUGCCUCAAACCACUCCUAGUGUUGUGUCUGCGCAGCGCUGUGCAGAUCCACGACUCCAGCAAAGCUCUGUGCCAAAUGUCUCCGCGACACAACAUGGAAACCACGGUGAAAUGCCGUCAGCCAAGAUAAGUGACCGUUCCAGUCUCCUGUCCCACGGUUGCACAAGAGUCGUUGCUGUCGUGCAACCGCUGUCACAGGGAAGCUACCAGGUGGCCGGCCAGCAGAGCGGUUCUAACGCUGUCGAACCGUUGUCUGAGGGCGCCGCAGCAGACGGGUCCAACUCGGAGCGUUCACUCCUUUCACCGCAAAAGCAGUUGGGGUUUCUGAAAGUUGGACAUUCUUCUCUCCCAGAAAACCCAAACCAAAUUACUUCCAGUCAGUAUGAAAUCCUGCUUUCAGCAGUAUACAAUAAUGGGACUUUUGGUCUGUCGUCUUCAGCUGGACCUCAACACAUUCAGCAAAAACAAUCUACAGUUGCCGCAAGAUCUGAACUGGAUGUUGACACACAAGUACACAACUGUGUUGCAACAACUGCUCAACAACAAUCCAUAACUUCCAAAGCGCCAGUGAGCCCAAAUUGUGAUAUGGACUUAAUUGAGACGACAAACAAGACAAAUGGGGAUGUUGAGCUUUCCCCUGUCCUAAAAGCCCCAUUGAAAACGGUCACAUUAUCAAAAUACAUACAGGAUUGUGAAGAAGCUCAGAUAAAGUUAAAGGAUUUUACAACGUGUAGUCCAACACAUAAAUUAUUGCGCAUGUUUUGGGAUGAUGACGUUAGCAAAUUGGCAUGUGCACUGAAGAACGGCAUGUACUCUACUUUAAUGAACGAAGUCCAGAAAGUCUGCCGCGAACAUUCAACGAUUGAGUCCAUGUCCGUAGUUUGGGGCUCAUGGUCAGCAGUCACGGAACUCAAGAACUACCGUGUCCUCAAAGAUACAAACGUCUAUAAAGAACGGCCUUACAAGUCAUUAUGGUUGAAUGUCAAUGAGCAGCUUGAUGACAUCGACAAAGAGUUUGACUUCCCACAAUCUUUGAAGUAUCAUCGUCAUACGAUUAAGAAUGUCAGUCAGCCGUGUGGGGUUGAGAAGGAAGGCCACAUUCCUGCACAAGCUGUAAAUGAGGCGCCCAACCAGAUGUCGUCAACAGAACUUCAGCAGGUGGAGUUAAAUGAAGAAAAACAAGACCCCAGUGUUGAAGCAACUUUAACACAAACCGCUGCUCCUAUCGUAGAGGACACGGAUUCCAGUGACCCAUACUCCUUUCAAAUCCAAGUUCUUACCCCGGAGGAUGCCAAAGACCUCUUUAAGCAGCUGAUAAAAGAUCCACCAGAAAGUAUGGACAUGGACCAUCGCUCCAUGGAGGUUGAGCUACCUGACGUUCUUGAUUUAACACAGAGUGACUCAAAACUGGACAAAACGUUCUGUCCAAUUGAAGAAAUUUGCUGCGUUGAAAGGUGGAUGGAAAACAUUUUGGGGUCAAACACUGCUCUGAGUAAAUGCAAAUGCCAAAAAAAUCAACGUCAGAAAGAACUUCGUGCUGAGACCAUUGACAAGGAAGGGACGGCAGCACAGGAGACCGAUGCAUUCAGUCCUGACCGUAAAUCCCCCCCCCCUGCUGCAGCCGGAGAGAAUCAAGCCGUGAGUGGGGAGAGCGUCGACAAUCAGGUUUCAACAUUUGAUUGGCCUGUGAUAGUUGACGUAUUCAGUGAAAACGUUGGCAUUCCUGGCGACCAUGACAAACCUCCGUCAUAUGCUGACCGAGACCCAGAGAAUAUUCACCAGAUAAGCAUAGAUAGCGGCCAGUCUAGCAUCCUAGUCAUAAGCGAUGACGAAGAACUGUCCGGCAUUGAAAGUAAUUCUGGACACGCUCAGGUGGAUUUGACAAGAAGUGGCCAGUCCAACGGUUCAGAUGGUAAAGAGACCAAUAUAAUUUUAGAAAUUAAUUCAGACUCUGAAGUGGAAUUCUUACCAUACGAGUCGGAAAAUACUCCGUCAUCUACUUUAAUUAAAAGUGACCAAAAAAUAAAAAAUCCUUCCAGCGGUGAAAGUGACUCUGCCAUCCAGAUGACGGACCUUAAAGAAAAUUGUGGACAAGCUCAAGCAGCAUCUACAGAUGAGACUGAGUCGUCAUUGGAAACUGAAGAAGAAAUGAAGAGUGCUGCGGCAGCCCGGCAGAAGCCUCGGGGUGCUAAACUGAAGAGACCACGCGGCGCUGAUAGAUUUUUACCAGCAUCAAAGAAAUGCAACUCCCCAGUAGAUGUGAACUCGCAGCCUAGCCAUGAGGAUGCAUCAAAACGCGUGACUGUUUCUUUUCGCGCGUCUGAUGGCGAACCUUCGCCCUUAAGCCGCCCAACAGUGGACCUGGUUCUGUUUGGCUCUAGAACCCAGGACAGCGGCGUUGUUGGUAGAAAGAACCACACCUCCUCUCCAGAUGCCGGGUCUGAUGCUGUACCAACGCCUCCCAAAUGUCUCACUGUGAAUCUCAGUCCCUUGAAGAAGAAGACCAUUAAAACCGUGCUGACGUGGGAAUGUUCGGUCAAGCGGCUUUACAAGAAAUGGAAUAUUAAUUUUCCACCAGCUAAAAUCAAGCACAAAAUCAAACGAAGAAAGGGUAGCUUUGCCUCGUCAUCCAAGUGGACUCUGGAGAAGGCUGGCAAGGCUGGCCCUGCUCACACUGACCAGCGGCCAGUUUUCUCUAAAAAGAGGAUCUUUAAGGGAAAAACCAAGCCCUGCCCGAAUCUUCAUUGGAGAAAGCCCCUCUCUGAAGAACUUAAACGUGAGGAGGAGAAGACUCAGACGCUCAACCACCCUGAUGGUCAGGAGGGCAAUAACGGUGGAAGCGAUUCUGUCGCGCCGCUCCAGAUCAACAGUGCCCUGAAGUAUAGUGUCUUACCGGUUUCCUUUAUCUUUGGAUCCAAUGGGAUGAAGGAAACUAAGGAUUCUGUUCCAGAAAAGGCUAAUGUUGACGGAAAGGACCACAGACCCAACCAAACUGUCGUUGAAAGAAGUACAUGGUGUCCAAUGACCCCCACGAAAAGUCUAUUUUCCCCUCCCACACCAAAGACCAGAAGCCUCUUCCACAUGUUUCAGAAGAAAUACAUGGAGAAGGUGAAGCCACUUGGGGACAAAUAAGAUGCCAGAAGAAAGUUUUCAGUCAGAUGUUUACAUCAGUUUGUACUUAAAAUGGGCCUUUGUUUACAUGACUGUAAAGGCUGUCUACUCCUCCACAUGGAGUAUAUUUUUUUAUGACUCACUAUUUUACCUCAGAUAUAUAUUUUUCAGAUAUAUUUUUUUAUUAUAUUUUUCUGCAAUAUUCCCUUCUGGGACAAAAAUAUUUUUUAUACCAAAGGUGCCUAGAAUGGCAGGUUGGGUGUUACACAAGAUAACGGUAAUGUUGCGCGUACUGACUGGAGUGAAUUCAGGAGAAAGUACCCAGAAAGAUGGACAUUAUGGUGUUUAGUUAUUUCUUUUCAGCUGAAGUAAAUCUAUUACC